AUGAAAAAGUAUCUUGAUCAAGGAGGCGCGGAACUUGCAGACCGCUAUGCACCUAUGUGGUUCUUUGGCCAGGCGCUUAAUCACCCCCCUUGCUACCCAACAUGGGCCUUUGGAGGCUCUCCUACUUCAAACGAUGUGUACGACAGCAGCCACAAGACCCCUGCAGCGGCACAGUGUGAGUAUCCAGAUGUUGGAUGCAAAUGCCGCAACCCGGGAGUCGCCAUUAACAAUAAAGCACCUGACUUUCCGAUAUACUAUACCUUCCGAAAAUGUAGUGAUACCGAGGUACGAGUGGCAUAUAAUCUCUUCUAUGAGAAGGACGGUGCCAAAGUAAUCGGAGUGAUUGACACCGGCCAUGAUUAUGAUUGGGAAAGAGUCAUCAUUAUUCACUCCCGGGACGGCAACAAUAUGUGGGCGCCGUCGCGAGCACUACUCUCCUCACAUAGUGGCUAUCACAAUCUAGCUUGGGGAGAUAUUCAAAACACGCUCACCACGGAGGAGAUCCAGUCUGGAGCCGCCAAUGACCCCAAUGGAGUCCGUAAUAAUGAUCACCCCAAGGUUUAUAUCUCUUGGUCGAAGCAUGCUCACUUUGAUACCCGCAAUACCGGUUGGGUUGACCCGAUCAGUCAGUCAACAGAUAAUGCAUUCCGGAGUAACGAUUGGUGGCAUUAUGUCAAUACGAAAUACUAUAUCUUAUCGGAUAAUUCUACUGAUGCCGGGAAAGCUCUAAGAAGUGCUGAUUGGGGCAGUGCUACCAGUAACCCCCCGUAUGUGCAGGAGACUAUAUGUACUGCUGAGAAUUCUUGA